AUGCCCCCUCCUCUUAAAAGAACGUCCUUGGACAAGUGGUUGCAGGACAAUGCCGCGAAGAAAAGAAAACACAUUGGGAAUUCUUCGACAACAGUGCCAUGCGACAUUGAGUGCGCUGUGGGUGACAAGGACACAAGUACUGCACAUUCACCGGGAUCACGGACAGAAGUGGAGGAAUCCCAAGCCCCACAAUCGUCUCGAAUAGGUUCUGUUGCGAGCAUCAUAACGAAGUUUCAUCCAGCCAGCGACUAUCGGUUUCCUAAAAACGCUCAAGGCAGAGCCUGUUUCCCUGAAUUGUUCGAGAAGUUCAGAUGGCUUCACUACAACUGCGAUAGUGACAGUGUGCUGUGCUAUGAAUGUGUGGCAUGGUGCACUAUGAAAUGCGAAAACAGUGUUCGUGGUGCCGAGGUGACUUUCAUUUCAUCCGGCUUCAGAAACUGGAAGAAGGCCACUGAGAAGUUUAGAACUCAUGAAAAAAGUGAAUGCCACAGCCGGUCCGUGGAUAGCUUGUUGCAGAGACUGCAGAAAGCACCAGUGGUCAAGCUUCUCAGUGAGCAGAGCCUGAAGGAGCAGAAUGAGGCGCGAACGGCACUCCGUGUUGUCUUCAGAUCCAUCAGAUACCUUGCACGCUCGGGUCAGGCCCUGCGCGGACAUUCGUAUGAAGAUGGAAACCUGCGGCUUCUACUCGACGAAAGAUCUCAAGACGUCCCGGCCUUGGAGAUGUGGAUGAAAAGGCGGGACAAGUGGCUGAGCGCUGACGUUCAGAACGAAGUCAUUGAAAUCAUGUCUCACGAGCUGCUGCGGGGCAUCAUACAGGAGGUAAAGCAUUCAACCUUCUUCAGCAUCAUUGCCGACGGCACGACGGACGUUUCAUCCUCUGAGCAGUUCUCGCUGUGCAUCAGGUGCGUGGAUCCAGACACUUUGCAUGUAAAGGAGAUUUUUGUUGGCUUUGUUUUGGCCGAGUGA